AUGGAUAAGCUAAAAACGGUGUAUUUGGAUUCGGCCCUGAGCAUAAUCAAGGGGGCUCUGUGCGUCAUCCUCCAGAUACCCACGAGCAGGACGACCGAAAGCGUAAAAAGAAAGCAAAACAACAAUGGCGUGCUGACCGUGAAGUCCAUCUUGAUGGAGCCGACCAUCAGCCAGUACGAUGACAUAAAGAAGCUGAUCCGGAACAAAAUCCAAGAGGAGGUCCCCUUUUACAACUACCAAAUGAAGAGGGCCCUUGCAGAAAAAAUUUACGGAGACUGCAUAUAUGAUAACUUUGGGCUCUCAAAGGACAUCAGUGAGGUAAACCUCAUAGCACUGGAAGAAUGGAACAUCAACUGUAACAGAAAUAGGGUCCUGAAAAACACAGGCUUGAUAAAGGACAUCCAGAUAAACGAGUUCAAAUAUUUGACAGCGAAAGAAUCUUUGGAAGUUCAUUUUGCAGUGAAUCCUAAAUACACCUUUGAAGAAUUGAGUGGUAUGUACAAAAGCGAAAAAAAUCUCACCAAUUUUUUAUUAGCUCCAAUUGUUAAGGUUUACACAUCAGAGGAGGAGGCGGAGGAGAGUGUUGUUAAGGGGGAGGCCCCCACCAAUGAUGAUUUUGUCUACGCCCACGUGGAGGAUAUUUUGCAAAAGAAUAAAGUGCUGCCCCCAUCGGGGGUUGAAAAUGUAAAUUACGAAAGGUCUAAAGAAGUGACCCCAUGGGAUGUAAACAUAACGGAAGAAGGAAUUAACUACAAUAAGUUGAUAAAAGAAUUUGGCUGCUCAAAAAUUACAGAAAAUCAUAUUAAGAGGAUAGAACAACUAACCAACAAAAGAGCUCACCAUUUUAUCCGACGAGAAAUAUUCUUCAGUCAUAGGGACUUGGAUUUUUUAUUAAAUUAUUAUGAACAGCAUAAAUGUUUUUAUAUAUAUACUGGUAGAGGACCAUCUUCCCUAUCCAUGCAUCUAGGUCAUUUGAUCCCAUUUUAUUUCUGUAAAUAUUUACAAGACGCUUUUAACGUCCCAUUGGUUAUUCAAAUGUCCGAUGAUGAGAAAUUUCUAUUCAAUCAGAACUAUUCCCUAGAAUAUAUUAAUACCUUGACGGAGGAAAACGUGAAAGACAUAAUAGCAGUUGGGUUGAACCCAGAACUGACCUUCAUUUUUAAGAACACAAAAUAUGCAGGCCACUUAUAUCCAACGGUUUUAUCUAUCCAUAAAAAGACAACACUAAAUCAGAGCAUGAAUGUCUUUGGCUUUAACCAUUCGGAUAAUAUAGGAAAAAUAUCUUACCCCUCUUUUCAGAUUGCUCCUUGCUUUUCACAGUGCUUUGAGCAGUUCCUUCCUCCUAAUAUUCCUUGCUUAGUUCCGCAGGGUAUUGAUCAGGAUCCCUACUUCAGGCUCAGCAGAGACAUCGCAGUGAAAAUGGCUCUACACAAACCCGUCCUUGUGCACUCCGUGUUUAUGCCGGGGCUUCAAGGUGUAAACACGAAAAUGAGUAGCACAAAGAAGAAGGACGAAAAGGGAAAGAACGACCCCGGUGCGAAAGACGUGACCGGCAAGAACAGCGCCAAGGAUCACAACAACAGCGUUAUAUUCCUAACCGACACGCCUGAACAAAUCAGGAAUAAAAUUAACAAGUAUGCCUUCAGCGGGGGAGGGGCCACGAUUGAGGAACACAGAAAAAAUGGAGGCAAUUUGGAGAAGGACAUUUCGUACCAAUAUUUGAGAUACUUCCUGGAGGAUGACGAGAAGCUGCACGAAAUUGGAGAGAAGUACAGACGGGGGGAAAUGCUAAGUGGAGAGCUCAAGAAGAUUCUCAUCGAGAUUUUAACUGACCUAAUACAGAAGCACCAGCAGAGGAAGCAGGCCCUCACGGAAGCGGAGAUAGCCUAUUUUUUUGACGCAAGCAAGCCCGGCUUGAGGAAAUUCAGGGGUGCAUAG